AUGUUGUCCAACGACAGUGACUUUGACCUGACCAUUCGCCAGCAGCCCGACCGGGCGCGCGUGGCUGGGGGCAAGGAGAAAGAGCGCAAACCCAUCGAUCCUCCGCCGAUCGUCCAGCUUCGGGUACGACCAGAGGACUCCUACCUAGCACAACACUACCUCCAAAGUCCUUAUUAUUUUAUGACCUGCAGUCUGUACGAUGCCUCAGAUGAUCGUCCAGUGCCCGUCGCUCCAUCGACUGCCUUGGCAGGAACGCUGGUCUCGUCCCUUCACCGUCUAAAAGACGUGGACAACAGUGAUGGUGGAUUCUUCGUCUUCGGAGAUCUGUCGGUGAAGAUCGAGGGCGACUUUCGUCUCAAGUUUACCCUGUACGAAAUGCGCAAACAAAAUGUCGUGACCCUGAAGACCAUCAUCUCAGACCGAUUUAAAGUGUCGCCUCCCAAGAACUUCCCAGGGAUGAUGGAAUCGACUUUUCUUUCGCGCUCGUUUGCAGACCAAGGUGUGAAGCUGCGCAUUCGCAAAGAGCCGCGUACCAUGAUGAAACGUUCUGCGCCUCGACCGGACGAGUUCCCACAGGCCCUUCCUCCGCGGUCGCCAGAACGUCAGUCCGUCCAGGGAAUCCCCCCAGCGACAAGUUUCAGUGGCUAUCCAACGGCGGCGAGAUCAGAUUAUGGCUAUUACCAACAACCUCCCGUCAAACGUCACCGCACCUCCAUCGACUACGGUCGACAAAGCAUCUAUGAUGACAAUCGCAUGGCUCGCCAGAUGGACGCGUACGGUCAACCUGCACCGAUCUACCCCAGCCAACCAGGAUCCUACCAAACGCCAACGAUGGGGGGCUACUCAGGGAGCCAAGUGAUGCCAGAUUACGGAAUGGUCUCAUGGGAUGCCGCCAUCAGCUCCACUGUCCCAGAUGGCCGAUCCCUCCGGGCAAGCUCGCACCAGCCAGCAGAACGCAGCCGUGGGACAGUUGAUGGCGAUGAACCAGCCUGGCACACCUUCCCCGGAUUCGACAGGAGCGAUGAUGGCUCAAGCUCAGGGAUACCCCCGGUCCGCCUACGCCACGAGUACGAGCUCGACUACCCUCCCCCGCUCCAACGGAAUCUCAAUCGCAGUUAUCCGAGUCUUAACGGGAGUCCGAGGGAAUAUUACGAUCCGGGUACGGCUGGCUCGCCCUCGGGCACUCCGAUCCUCCCUUCUCAGAUGGGGCCCGAAGGCACCGCGGCCGGCUCUGCGGCCUUCAAAUUUGACCAUCCGGAUUCGGCGAAUGGGACACCUCGAUGA